CCUCCAUGAAUAGAAAUGAUAUCCAACCCGAGGGGGCCAAACUUGCCCAUUCAAACAAUAUAAAAGGCGCAAGGUAAGUGAUCGAUCCAUGGGCAUUCUUCCCAAGCUCAUAGUUCAGAAAAGAAAACUCAAUCAUCUCCCCUAGGUCCCGAUUUCCCUGUUCUUAAACAUGCACCCCCGGAUUGCGCUCCUCUCCAUUGUGUUACUGCCCACUCUAGGAGCUGCAGUACCAUUUGAAAAGCGGGGACUUUUUAUCCCUUCCUGGGAGGUAGAAGUGACCCCAGGCGGCGAAACGGUUGUUUUGAACGGUACAAUUGAAGAAGUGCACGAUGAACUCAUCAAACUGAAUCCGAAAUGGGAUGAAGACUUUCCGGUCAAGAAGCGUGAUCUUCCGAAGCGUACCGACUUCUCCGGCUCAGACUAUUCCUGUCAGGGUAGAUGGGAGGCCUGCAGCUCCUCAUACAUUUACCAGGGAAUAGAGUAUUUGCGGAAAGUCAAAGGCCGCCCAGGCAAUGGCGCCGGCCCUGGGAACUGUGGUCGAGUGAGUUGUUCGUGGAACUCAGCCAUUUACUGGUGCAACGAUGACUCUAAAGGGAAGCUUCUCGAGAGCUUCGGAAGCAUAGCAGAUGGCGCGGAAAAGAUUCUAGAUAAGUGUACCUACGGGGCGAUGCUACAGUGGACUAGUGGACAAGUCUUCCACGAGACCAACUGGAAUGUUAUCGUCCGAAAGGACGACUGCUAGACUUGGAGAGGCCUAGAGCUCAGAGGUGAUGGUAGAUUGAGUGAGUCUACUUCUUCACUACAUGCAUGUGCGACACGCCACGAGCCUGGUGGCCAGCUGUUAUAUGGAUGGAGGCUAGUGUCAGGUAUAGCAAAGAAAAUUGAGGAAAUUAUAAAGGUU